UGUGUAUAUAAACCUUACAAAUGCCUAAAUUAUAUUUCAUUGAUUUCUCUCAUUCUCUCAUCAUCAUCAUUGUCUAAGCAAAAGAAGAUGAUUGGUGUCAACAUAGUUUCUGAAGAUAGAAAGAAAAAACUGAACACGGUGAGAAAGACGAUGGAAAAACUCAAAUCUGUAUUCGAUAAGAAGAAACCUAAUCAUCAUGAAGAAGACUCAAGUCAGACUUCACCAUAUUUAACCAAAGCUUUAAACGAGGACCUAUCAUAUGAGCUGUUCAAAACCCAGCAGAAGUUGGAUCAGAGAAAUUUUAUCCUUCAAAAACAAGAUGAUAUUCGUCAAGGCCAAGAAGAGAAGAUGAAAAACCUAACGGAGGAGAUUAAAGAUUUGAACAGCAACACAUUUGUUUUACAUAUGCUUAACAAGGAAACAAAGGGAACGAAUUCAUGGUAUACACCAAUUUGAAUACAUGUUUAUGUUUUGAG